GGGACAAUGUCACCUCGUCCUCUUGAAGCCGUUCUCAGAUUCGCCUACGUCAACGGAUAUACUUGCGAAAAAUGGGCAGAACCGACGCGACAAUGCCUUAAAAAAGGUGAUCGUAAAACGACUAUUGAGUUGUGUGAAUUAUUGUUGAAUCGUUUCUUUGCACAAACACGGGUCAGUGAACCCCUUUUGGAACGAUACGUCGCUUAUGCAAUUACUGGCAACGAAGAUCUUGCCCAACAACAACAGCAACAGCAACAGUUUGAAGCUGGAGAAUGCCUUAUACCACCACCGAUAUUCUUGACCUGCCUCGUGAAGUGUAUCGAAACAACAGCGAUCCAAAAUCCACGCCAAUGGGCACAUAUUCUGAAAUGUCUACCUACCGUCCUUUCCGUCGUCAAUGCCGAUCAAAUCGUAUCCGACCUGUUGAACGAAAAGCCAAACAACGAAUGGCCACGCAUAUUAUGUAAUGUAUUCAUCAUGCUUUCACGUUUGGUUGCAGUUGGACUCUAUCGCGACUAUUAUGCCAAAGACAACGGAGCGCCGUUGUCCUCCACCAUGAUGGCUAUGGAACAUGAAAUGGCUACAGCUACACAGCAGCAAGCAGCAUCCCAAUUAAAUAACACACAGCCAGGUGGAUCAUCCUUGCCGUUCAACUUUACAAUGUCACAACCAUCCGCAUUUGAUCCUGACGCUACGAUUGAUCUGGCCGCAUUUGCUGAAGAACCUGUCAGUACGGAAGCCAUCGGUAGUAUAGACGGUCAUUAUAGCGCGCAUGAUUCUACACAGUCGACAAUGAUGGACUCGGAACGAAUUGAAAGUUCAAAUGCUAUACGGGCGGCCCAGAUUAUUGUCGAUUUGAUAGAAAACAGAAGCGCAAAACGGAUAUUUGAAAUGAUGAACAAUCAACAACAAAGAACUGAGAAAAAAGAAGCGCGCCAUGCUGAGGAGCCUUGGGCAACCUGCCAAGCCAUUCUCGCUGUACCUUCAUCUCAAGCUUCGGUUUCCAGCGCAGAUAUGUCGCAAAAUACCCACAUUCAGAAAUUGUUGCUUAUGAUUAAUCGGUUAACGGAUCGUGAUCUCGAUCGUCGAAUGGCUGUGCAUCUUAAAUAUCAAGAAUUGGAAGAUGAAGGAACAGCUAGAGCAUUACCUAGUGCAGGGUUGAUGGGAUAUUUGUAUCAUAUGGUACAGAUCCGACCUGGACUUAGUGAUGAUUAUAUCAUUGAUUGUUUAUCGAAAUUACAAAUUAUCAAGGGAGCAUUUGAUGAAUCAUUCUUUUUGGAAAUAUGGUUUGCCGCUUUGACUGGGCUUCGAGAAGCAUCCAUUGGAUUAUACAAACCUGAGUCUCUGUCAAAAAAGGAAAAUCAACAAGAGCAGACAAUUUCGAAUUCCGGAAAAUUGGAUGUGAUCACUGCUACAAAUAGUUUACUGUGGAGAAACCUUGUAUUAGUGAAGGUUCCUUACCUGAUUAAAAAGCUUCAAGAGCGUAAAGGAAGCGAUGAUGCCAAAGCAUAUGUAAAACGACCAGACGGUUUAGCCGAAGGACAAGAGUACAACUCACUGGAGUCGUCGCUUGCAGAACUACAUUCUUUUGCUGGUCUACUGAAUGGAUGCAGCUCUCCCAUGGCUACCUUUGAAUUCUUUGCCUCAAGUACAUCCUCAAAACUUUUCGACAAGAUGACCUCUGGCACAAACGAGGAGGAAGAGGACGAUUUUAUGAAGUUGAUCAAUGACAUGGGGAGCACAGUCGACCUGAACACGGCAGCUGUAGCAAAGGCUAUCAAGAACGUUGGCAACGAGGAAAUAUUUACUAGCAUCGUUCGAGUAUGUCAAGAUUAUGGCUUUGUACGAGAUAACGUUGCGCAAACGCUGUUGAAGAACGCAACACCGUCUACAAAACAGGAAGAUAAUGACCAAGGGUUCGAUAUUGAUAUGCUUGAUUUGGAUGGCGGGGAUGCAAAGCAGCAUCAUAAAAACGAAGAUGUGGAGAUUUUAACAAAGAAUGUGGAGGAUCGGAUGAAUGCAAUUAAAGAAAAUAUCUCGAGAAGCGCAAUAACAGAGUUGUUGCAUAUUGCUAUCGUAUCCAUGAUUCAUACACGCCGAAUCAUAGAUUUCGUUAUCGAGCUUCUAGUCGAGAAGGCCGAGAUGAGAGACAUCUAUUCCCUUGCACGGAUCUGUGAUGCUCUCAACAAAUGUCCGCCCAUUAUUGAUGUAAUCGGCCAACUAUACCAUCCAGUAACCAUUCUUGGCCCGCUCGAGCAAAUGUGUAACCAUUGGAAGCCAGCUGACAGUGAAAUGGAGCUCGAUGGCCGAUCCGGCUUUGACAGCCCAAGCGAUGAGGAUACAGAUGGUGUACAAGUGCUAUACGGAAAAUAUGGCAAAAUUUGGACUCUAAUCAUCCUGGUUUUGAACAAAUUCAAUCUCUAUGUCAAUAUUGACAGCGUGUUCUCAGAAGUUGAUGGCUUUUGCUAUCAAUUUUUCACCCAAGGCCCGCUUAUUUACGGACGAGAUGUGGAGGACCUAGCUAUGGAUCAGUUUAUCCGACAGUGGCAAACUGCUCUACUUGGUGAUGGAAUUUCGGAUGAUUUAUUAAGAUUCUCGACUCCUCAACAAUUACUCCAAGCCGCGCCAACGCUUCUUCAACGGUCGAUACUCGUUUAUGAAAAUGGACAGAUCGACAACGAUACCUUGUUGGGUAUUAUAUCGUACUUUCAAGAAAAGUUCCUCAAUUUUACGCUUUUCCCGGGCAUUGUAUCCAUGCUGUGUGACGACGUUUUGGCGCAUAACGUAUCUAUUGCCAUCAUGUGUCUUCAUCAAUUGUUGAUGAGCGGCAAUCCACCAGACAUGCUAUUACAAUUAUGUGGCAGUUCUAUCCUGGGAGCGUUACUAAGUCUUGCAGAACAGCGAAAGCAAGAGCGUAUUGUUGCUGGCCUGCCGGCUCAUCACGAAAGCAGCAACAGCAACAACGACAGCAACAAUGAAAGCGGUUGGGAAGCACAGUUGAAUAUUUUACAAAACCAUAUCAAGACCAAUCUUGGCAUUGAAGAAACAAACGAACAACGACAGCAUCAUACUGAAACUAUAUCGACGCGCGUCACCUGUGAUAAUUUGUCGCGGAAAGCUCAGGAAAUGUUUCGAUAUAUAGUCAAGAGUGGUCGAUCCAUGUUUAUGAGGGAUGUCGAUGCAGAUGUUGUUGCAUUAUGGGAUGCAAGCAAGGCACCGAAACAAGUGAUUACUCACUAUUUGGACAUGGUCAUGUUUCAGACGGUUUUGGAUAUCGGAGGACCGCAUUGGUUUGUUGAUAUGAUUGUCAACGAAGUGUUGGAAGCUGGAAAGAGCGGUGGCGCUGUGCGAGCAGCGGAAUUGGGUUCCUGCUUAAUCACUACCCCACUAGCUCGAUCAGCUGAUUUGGAUAGUUCCUGCAGCAAUCUAUUACGCUGUCUGCUACAAGACAUCAUUCCAGCCUCGCUGAAGAAACAUGCAUCAGCAAACGCGUCAUUCUUCCAGGGUCAGACUCUAGGCGUAUUCACAAGCGACUGCUUGGUGUUGAUGCACGAUCGUGGUCAUGAUCAAGAACGCGAGUUUGUGCACGAGUUUGGCCAUCAAUUUUUUGAAACGCUGGUCGUCGACAGCGAAAAUGCGCCCCAGAUGAUCCAUGUAAAGCACGAUUCGACUGUUACGAACGGCCUGGUAGGUGCACUUGGACGCUGGCCUGACAUGGUGAUCGAAAGUCCGGUUUGGAGAGGAUUCCUCAAAGGCUUGAUGAGUAACCCACUAAUUAACGAAUCGUGGCCAAACACGUUUAUAUAAAGAAAGAUGUUAAAAAAUCCCCUUUGUACAUAUUCAUCACUACUCCCCCAAGAAUAAGAAUAACUUUGUUGACUAGAUCGUUCACUUUAUCUAUCUUGUAGUAUCAGAAGAGCAAAUUUGAUUGUCAAUCCUAUGUUGA